CCCUGUGCCUUGAGCAGCCAUCUUGGAUAGGCAGAUCAUACUUGAGCCAGGAUAACCUGCAUACCUCUUCAGAACAGCUCAAGCACACAAAACUUAAAAGACUUUACAUCGAGAGCCACAAUGGCCACUGCACCGUACAACUACUCCUACAUUUUCAAAUACAUCAUUAUCGGCGACAUGGGGGUUGGGAAGUCGUGUUUGCUUCACCAGUUCACAGAAAAGAAAUUCAUGGCAGACUGCCCCCAUACGAUUGGUGUGGAGUUCGGUACAAGAAUAAUCGAGGUGAGCGGUCAGAAGAUCAAGCUGCAGAUCUGGGACACAGCGGGACAGGAGCGCUUCAGGGCCGUCACCCGCUCCUAUUACCGCGGCGCGGCUGGGGCACUCAUGGUCUACGACAUUACUAGGAGAAGCACAUACAACCACCUCAGCAGCUGGCUGACUGAUGCUAGAAACCUCACCAACCCCAAUACUGUGAUCAUUCUUAUAGGAAACAAAGCAGACCUGGAGGCACAGAGAGAUGUCACAUAUGAGGAAGCCAAGCAGUUUGCUGAGGAGAACGGUCUGUUGUUUCUGGAAGCCAGUGCAAAGACAGGUGAAAAUGUCGAGGACGCCUUUCUGGAAGCCGCUAAGAAAAUCUACCAGAACAUCCAAGAUGGCAGCCUGGAUCUGAACGCUGCUGAGUCGGGGGUCCAGCACAAGCCCUCGGCCCCCCAGGGCGGCCGGCUAACCAGCGAACCACAACCCCAGAGGGAAGGCUGUGGCUGCUAAUGACCAAGCAAAAGCCUCACUCCCAUAAUCCUCUUAUCUCCUUCUCUUAUCCCUUUCUCUCUUUAUGUAUGUCCCACCUACCUGUCUUCCCCCUCCUCCAUCCAUCCAUUCUUCCACUGCCGCACAUCCAUUCACCCUGUGGGAGCUGCGGGUGGACUGAUCAUGACUCGGGCUAGACUGAGAUGGGCUGUGUGGACUACAUCUCACCCUCCUCCUCCUCCUCCUCCUCCUCAAACUCAGUGUGUUGUCGUCCCUUGACUCCUCCUCUGCUCCUUUUACACCAUUCAGUCUAGUCCCCUCGUCACAGUAUCGUAGAAUCCACCACACAUCACACGGGUUACUGACACUUUAGACGUAACGUUCAAAGGAUAAUGAUAAACCAAGACUGUUUAUUUUUUAUGUUUGGUUUUAUACCUGCUAUAUAUGACAAGCAAACACUGCGGUAAAACGCCAUCCACCACUGGCAUUAAUCAGAUCAAAACAAUAUAAUCCCAAACUCCUAACGCCUCUUCUGCACAGUUUGACCAGUUCAACAUUGUAAUAAUUAUGUGGUAAAUCUUUAUGGAAAGUGAAGGAAACAUAUCAUCGGAUCACGCAGCCACAUGGGCAAGAGAGGCUCUUACAUCCACGAUCAAGAAUGUGAAGCGAGCUUUUUCGGUGGGCUUCCCUAACCAGCUUUUUGGUUUUAAUUGUGUUUCUGCUGCUUGGGCACAAAAAAGCAAGUUCUCAACACUGCAAGACUAGGAAUAGAAAGGAAAAAAGUACAUUCCCAGUCUUUAUGAGAUAUCAGAGGAGGGAUUUGUGGGUGUUUUCCAGCUUGUAUGUGUGUAUUUGUGUCUGUGUGCGUUAAGAAUUUGGAUGUGUGUGUGUCUUUUGAAGAAGACAAAAAUGACACUUUAACACAGCUUUUCUGUUCCAUCAGCAUCAGCUCUCCCUCUGUGUUCACCCAAAGCAAACCCCCCUUCCCUAGGUCAUAUCAGCAUUUUCUUUAUUGUUUGUUGCCUUAUUAUGUCUAAUCUUUCUUACUUCUGCUGCACUUGCUCUUCAUACUAUCAAUUGACUGACCCCUUAUAUUAUUAUCACAUCACAUUAACCUGAAAAUAAAGUGCACGUACAACAGGCAGCUCACACGGUCCUAUUUUAUUUUUUCUCUCAAAUUGAUCAGCAGCAGCACAGUCCUUAAACCCUAAUCAUGACCAGUGGGUGGUUUAUGAAAACCAUAAGGAGAUGCGCACUGUUUCUAUUAGAGCGAAGCUGCACAGAUCAGCUGAAGCAUUGUCCAUUUGAAUGGUUGGUCCUCUGCCUUGUAUAAUUAACACACCAAGCAGCUUGCUCCGCCCACACCACCUUUUAAUCUCAAUGAAAUCAGUAAAACCAAUUUUUUUUUUUCUCCAAGUACAAUUUUUCUGUACCAUAGAGUGAUUCCCUGAUUGGAUAGCUGUAUAUAUUUGCUUCUUAACUAUUGGUGAUAACCUUGCUACUUGGAAUUUACAUUUUAUUUCUUUGCUGGCUCUGCCGAGAUCUGUACAGUUAAAUGUGCUAGUGGGUUGCCUGUAAUUCAUGCUUGGGAAAUUCUGUAAUAUAGUUUCUAUUAAAUGUAUGUAAAGGACAGACACCUAGACACCCCCCCCCCCCCCCCCCCCCCAAAAAAAAAAACAAAAAAACCCCCAAACCUGCACACUACUGAACCUGCCGAUUGGUGAGAAGAGACGAAGCUGAUCAAGACAAUGCGCGAACUAGUAUUUAUAUCUGCUGAUUCCUCUCUUUAGUAUGGAGUGAAGAACGGGGGCUUGGGUUUAUGUUGUGUAUUCUCUGUCUCUCCGUCUCUCUCUACCCUGCCCCACCCCCCUUCCCCCAUCACCCUGUCAAAGCUCCUCCUCCAUGUGGGAGGUGCCUGCAUUGCUGUUUUAAAUUUGAGGGAGUGGGAUUGGUUUGUUGUUGUUGUGGGAAGUUUGGUGGGAUGGGUCUUCCUUUGUCCUGUUUCCCACCUCUUUGCAGUCUGAAUGACCACUUCCUGCUUUUGUCUGUCCACAAGUACAAAAAAAGUACAUAUGUAUAAAUUUUUAAGGAGCUGUGCUAACAUUUAAAUGCGUUCUUGCGUGUAUAUGAUUUUAAAAAUGUUGACAUUUUGAUUUUAAUGACAAAAUACUCUAGACAGAAAAAAUAAAUUAUACAUAACCUGUU